CUCGAGUUGUUCAUGCUGGUCUUGUUCUAUGGAAAGAUUGAUCUGCGCGGAAUGUAACAAAUUCGGAGUUGAUAUUGUUUGCUUUGGCAAGUGUCAUCGAGCCUUUCACCAAGCAUGCCUACCCUGUACAGUUCAGUCAACGAGACGAUGGAUAUGUCCAGAUUGUGAAAAGGAAGUGCAUCGCUGCCAUCAGUGUAAAGAGUUCGCAUCGGAUAAGGAUUUGAUUCAAUGUCAGGCUACUGAUUGUUAUCUGUUUUUCCAUCCUUCCUGUGUUCCUGAGCAGUUUCGACGGAACAGGCCAUUCCUUUGUCCUGCUCAUUGCUGUUCCUUCUGUAGACAGUGGGAAGAUGAACGCGACCCCUUGUUGAAGUGUGCUUACUGCUGCAAGUCCUACCACGAGUACUGUCUACCCCUGGAAGUAUUUCCCUUGUCGCCUCAGGUCUUUCUAUGUGCCUCUCAUCGAUUUGAAGACAGUACCCUUCCUCCCUUAUCUUACGACCUGCUUGUGAAGCGAGGAGGAGAGCAGCUUCCAGAGGAGGAGGAACUUCCGGAGAAGACGAAUGAAGGAGAGAUUGACUACCUUGCCUAUUACAAGUCGCAAUCGCUCCAUUCCGACGCUCCCUCAUCAAAGCGUCUUCAUCAAUCGAAAUAUGUACUCACAAAUACAUGA